ACCUUCCCACACCCUUAUUCUACAAACACCUUUAUAUAUUCUCUUUCCUCUCCCUCCACGGCACCUCUCCCUCUCUCCCAACCCUCGCACAGCCGAGUGGAAGAGCUGCAAAGGGGGAGCUGGGAAACGAGGAGAGCUGGAGGGAUGACUAUUAGAGCAGUACCGUGUUUACUAAGAGUCAGCAUGGCCAUGGCUGAGGUGUCAGCGGAGAGCCACAAAUGUGUCUUCUGUAACCAGCUCUUCCCCUCCAAGGCUGAACUGCAAACACACUUCAGGAGACACGCCAACGGGGACAUCGACAUCAAGGGCCGUCCGAGGGUGCGGCACAAGGCAGAGGAGGAUCUGGGCACCACGGAGGAGUGUCGCGGCAGGGGUGGUGGUGGUGGUGGUGGUGGUGGGUCAGGGAGAGGCAGCGCGGCAGGGAACGCUGGUGGUGAUACUGGUGCAGCGACGGGAACCAAGAAUAAUGCUGUUUGUGAUGUGUGUGGAGAGGUUUUCCGGACGGUUUCCCUGGCCAUUUCUCACAAGUUCCGUAAACACCCCGACUCCCUGCUCAAAUAUUACUGCCCUUACUGUGGCAUGAUGUUUCCUAUUAAGGUGAACCGGGACAAGCACCUGGCCAGCCACCCCACCGCCACCCCCCAGCAGGUGUACCCAUGUCGGCCGUGUGGCGUCACCUUCUACACUCAGCGUGCCAAGAAGUUCCACAUGGACUCUGCACACAAGGGGGCAAUCCGCAUGGUGAACCCUGUCAGGACACCAGCGCCCAGCAUGAAGAUAGUGGUGAACAACGCUGGUGAGGCCCACAGUGUGUACUAUUGCCAUCUGUGUGGUUGUGAGUACCAAGUCAAGUACAACCUGCAGAAGCACCUCGCCACCAAGCACAGUGAGAGUGAGAGGGAUGCCCUGCCCACAGAGUUGGUGCAGUGUAACCUGUGCAGCGCUGUCUUCUACACCAAGAGAGCCUAUGAAGCACACAGCCACCACCACAGAGAGGGAGACCUGUUUGCCACCAAUGAACAGAUGAGGCAACAAGUGGUACAGAGGAUAGACCAAGACUUUGACCAGCGCAGAGUCCCCACAGCCGUCGAGCGUUACCUCUCUGCCUCGGCUGUCAGUUCAAACCGGUCUGCAACUUGGCGUAGGAUUCAGGCGGCCAGGAGAGCCCACACUGGCCACCAAAACACCAAAGAGGACAAGAAAGGAAGCAAUCCAGAUGAAAAUAGGAAGAUAAUUUUGUCAGAGAGAGUAGCAGAGGACAGGUUCACGCAGGAGUUUCUGUGCUGGGAGACUGAAGGGAUGAACAAGAAGAGGAGGAUGAUGGAUGACUCGGAGGAGGAUGAUGGGGAUAUGAGGAGUCUGGGUACAGUUAAUCCGGAUACUAUUCUUGCCACUCAAACGUCGAGGGUGGAAGAGCAGGAGACGGAAGAGGAAGAGGAGGAGGAAGAGGAAGAGGAUGACCAGCGGGGUUCUACAGUGGAAGGGAAGGCAGGUGGAGGCAAAGGAGGAAGAGAAUUAAGAGUACGAAUUACCUCAUCAGAGCAGAAGAGGAGGAGGAGGAGGAGGACUGGUCAUUCCAAAGAAGACAUUACAAAGAAAGACAACACAGAAGGAAUCACACAGCAUUAAGUUUUCGUCUCUAUUUCUUUUCACAUCUUAAAGAGUUGGCGCCACGUGUUGUCAUCACAGUGAGUCGUGUCUGCAAUUGUCACUGUUUCCACCAAAGAAAUCAUGCCUGCUAAGAAUCACUAUAGCAACACUUCACUAAACAUUACACUUCAUUUGAGAAACAUACUAUUCUCACUAAGUUCCUCUGCCUUCAUCCCUUCACUGCUUAAAUUUUCCUCCAUCUCCAAAACGUGUGCACAAAUUGAGACCAUUAUAGUGAAUGAGAGUGCCAGUACUAAGGAAAUAUGACUAACUUAAAUAAAUCCAGUUACAGUUUUGAGAUCCCCUGCCACAACAAAUGCCCUGGAGAAGCUUGACCAUUCUUCCUAUAUUUAAAUCAUUACAAUACCCUGAUUUUUAAAUCCCCUGCCAUAAAUACUGAUACCAAGGGGAAGCUUGAGUGUUCUUCCUAUACAUAAAUCCUGUUACAAUACUUGAGUUCCACAAACAUUGAUGCCCUUGAGAAGCUUGGGGGAUUGCUUUCUAUAUCUGAGCCACUCAGAUAUAGAAAGAAAGAUAUUUUGCUUUUAUAGAUGCCUUGCCACAAACACUGAUGCCUUCGAGAAAACUUAAGAUUCUUUCUUUGACACCUGCAAGGAAAACUUGGGUUCUUUGACACCCUGGAUAGGAGUUGGGGUUCUUCCUUAUCUCUAUCUUGUACUGGUGAGAUGUUCCUCCAACUAGCAUCUUAUGAGUCAAAACACUUCUAUCCAGUUGAGUAGUUGUGUUUCAGAUUCAACUUAGUCACCGCUAUUUGCUGAAUCUGCCCUUAAUUACUGACCACUGGGACACCUCUUUCCAAACCUGCUCCCAAGAUUAUAUAAGCUACAAAUUGCCAAAUCCCUUUCUUCUCAGUGCUUGUCAAGAUUUCACACACAGCAUAGUAGUGCAUAAUUUGUCAUGGUAAGAGUGGAUAUAAAAAUUCUUGAGCAUAAAUGAGUAAUAACAGUAGAGGCACUUUUCUCCCCAGCAAGUGUAAUAACCCAACUUGCUGCCAAACACAACAAUAGAGAGUAGUCCAGUGUUGCUAUAGUGAUUCUUUCCUGUGCUUCAUUCAUAUGGUUGAAAGGGACAAUAACAGGCAUGCAGGUUGGCAACACAACUUGCAAUCAGGUUAAGUGGUGCCUGAUUUCCUCCUCUCUCUCCCAUACCUUUAAAAACCUUGGCCAUCUCAUUAAAAAAACAUUACAAAUUAUUUCCUCAUUCUAUUUUCUAUUCCUCUUCAAUCUGUCUUGUCUCUUCCUUCUUUCAUUUUCUCUCCCUCUCCUUUUAAAAAUAUCUUUGUCUUUAAAAACAUUCCAUUAAUCCUUUCCUAAUUCUAUUCUCUAUUCUUGUCUAUAUUAUCUCUAUUCCUUUCAUUCUCUCCUUCCUCUUCUAAAAAUAACUUUGCUUCUCUGUCAUAUCCAAAAAUCAUUCCAGUAUUCCUACAGUAAGCCCCUCACUUGCCAAAUCUCAGCUUGGCGAAUUUCACACUUGGCGGUAGGGUGGCCACGGACCACUGAGUGCAUGCUUGGUGAUUGGAAUUCAAACUUGGCGGCCGCAUGGCGAGCCACGCAGCUCCCCGGUGACGUCUGACCUCUCUAAACCUAUCAGAACGCAGUGUGAGAGUCCCCUUCAGCCAUUUUAUUUGUGCCACCCUCUGUUUUGCUAGUGUGGGAACAAAUUCUGGCGCUUUACCACCACCAUGGCCUCUACCAGGGCAACAGGUGGUACCAGUGGGGGGAAGGACAAUGGUGGCAGCAAGGACGAAAGUGGGCGAAGGAAACGGGAAAAAUGGGAGUUACAACCUUUAUUAUUAUUAGCUUUAUUUAUUGUUUAUUGGUCUGUUUUGUACAUGUGUACAUGUGUUUUGUAUAUGUGAAGGCAAAAGAUUUUAUUUCACCUCAAAAGAUGGUAUUUAAGGAGUCAAAAGAGGGACUUUGGCAAUGACCAAAGACAGAUUGAGGCAUUUUAUAUGAUUAUAAAGAACUCGUGCUUGGCGAAAUUCACAUUUGGCAGUAAUUUCACCAGACUAAUUAAUUCACCAAGUGCGGGGCUUACUGUAUUUUCUCUCAUCAUCUAUUUAUCUCUUCCAUUAUCCCUGUCCCCUUUCCCUCAUCUAAACACACCUUAGUCGUCUCUCAUAUCCAAGACAUUCCAUUAAUCUCUCCCAAUGCCUUUAUAUCAGCACAAUUAUAUUCCAUUACUUAUUUAUUUAUUUUUUUUUAUAGUACCACACACCACACCACCCGCCUGCCUUCCUGUGCCGGUUGUGUCAGUAAAGCUACACAUUUAUAUUACCUACUGUAUGUAACCCAGAUGAGGAAUGUAUGUAAACUUAUUAAAUACACAUAGACUAUUUAAAGAG